GCGCCACCACUCACCUCCGCCGCCAUUCUCAUCUCUCAUAUUCUCAGUUAUUCUCCUUCUCCUUCAAACUCCCUGAUUCUGAUUUCAAGUUUCGGUGUCGGAUUUGGAUUCUGAUUUCCAGAAACCAAACUACAAUCAACACAACAGAAAUGGAAUCGGUAAGUUGUGAAGAGAAACUCUGCGUUGAUUGCAAGACCUCCAAAACGCCGUUGUGGAGAAGCGGUCCUGCUGGUCCGAAGUCGCUAUGCAAUGCUUGUGGAAUUAGGUACAGGAAGAAGAGGAGUCCGAAUGGAUCAGAUAAGAGAAUCGAGAAACAAGCUCCGUUUUCACCGUCGUCUUCGAGUUCAUCCUCUUAUUCGACGAGCGCCGCCUUGUACUCCGAUGAGGAUGUUGGGAUGAGGAAGCGGUUGAGGAUAAAGGUGGUGGCGGUCGGAAAAGAGGUGGUGGUGCUGCAGCGGCGGAGAUCUCGGAUGAUGAAGAAGGUGAAGGGAGAAAGGGUUGAAAAGGAGUAUAAGAAAUUAGGGGAAGUAGAACAAGCUGCUUUUCUGUUGAUGUCUUUGUCUUGUGGGGGAUCUGUUUUUAGGUAAGUAUGUGAAUGUAAGUUUACAAGUUUUGGUAAUGGUGGAAGAAGAAGAUGAUGAAAUUGUAAGGUUUAUUUAUGUUAAUAGGUAGGUAGUAAAUGGUAAGUAUAGAUGGAUAGAUAUGCUAGUUUAGUUUGUAGUGUAGGGUUGGUGUCCCUUUCUAUAUCGGGGAUAAAAAUGUAAAUAGUUUUACUACCUAAGAAUUAAAAGAAAUGGAAUGGAAUGG